GACUCUGGGGACGAGAUUCAGAAUUGUGGGGUGGAAAUUACAGAUCUCGAUGAGGAGGCUUUGCUGAUGAACAGGAGAGUUGUGAACCGCGAUGCAGAAGCUGAUGAUGAUGAUGAACAAAAUCCCAAACCCGCCAUUAUUGCCUUUAUUUAAGCAAAUUCUACACUGGAAAGAUGAAGAUCUCAUACGGCCGUCCGGCGGGACUGAAAACACAACACCACGAGAUGAAGGACUCAUGGCCGACGUGACGGGAGAUUUAAAGGAUCGUGGGGGUGGAAAGAGGUCGAAUGCGGGGGCCGAGUCGGCAAGAAAUUAGUCCGCGGAACCGAAAUAGUAGCCGCUAGCAAGGGUUGGGUGGUGCACAGAUAACUCCGCCUCAGAGAAAUCGUUGAUCUUGCGUGCGUUGUGAAGAUGGGGAGCGUUCUCGGGUAGGC